AUGAAUGCAGUUCUAUCUAAUUCUACUCUUCGAAGAUAUGUUUUAUUAACCUUCUCUCAUGUGGAAAGUCAGUUUUUGGAUAAAGAUGAAAUAGUUUCUCGUUUACGAAAGACGUUCACUUGUCAAACAAUCUUGGUUGGGGAGGCUAGCAAAAACACGGCCACUAGUCAAUUGCGGUCUCUUUUCCCGGAGUUCGAGGGGAAAGAGCUCGACGUCUCUUUUCACCGUUCCUGGUCAUCCAUUUGUACAUAUGUAACGAAAAAGGAUCCUGAUGUCUAUCUCGAUUAUUGGUGCUGGCCACUCUUCCUGCAAGCAAGGCAGCCGAUAAGUCAUCGAAGGGUUUGUGUGAAUAAUGGACUGGUAAGCAUUACUCAUUUUAAAGUUCCCCACGGUGAUCUAAUAUCUUUUCAAGAAAAUGAGGCGAGAACCGCGCGUGAAGAAAUAAGGAGAUCUUUCUAUAUCGACAUAUCAGUUGGGAAAAUCAUAGGCAAAAUUGUGCCGGUCAGAAUGUGGAGAAGAACCAAAACGGAAUGGUUCCGCCUACUCAAAACUCGGAGGGGUGCGCCUCCUACUCAAAUCCGGUUUUUGCAAGAGUUGCAUUCUUCUAUGCAAGAGGAAGACUUAGAAAACAAGAAGUUUGGAUCCGCAAAAGUAUGCUUAGGCAGUUCCUUCGCUGAACACAACAGAAUGAAGAGGAUGUUUCAUUUCAAAUACUUCUUCUUAUCGAAGAGAAGAAAAGAUCAAAACCGGAAACUUCCUACUCGAACAAGAAGUCCCUUUUGUUACAAGUCUUCUUUAUAUAGUAAUUCGACCUAUUGCUCCAGAUCCCCGUUUACUAGGAAGAUAAGAAUCAAAAGGAUCGAACUACCUACUCAUUAUUCGGAGGUGAAUCAUAGAACACCAAAAGCUGUGGUAUCUUAUGGACCUAACAUAGGUCACAUCCCUCACGACAUAAGAUUGAAAGAUCCAAACCUUCCUCGGAGCGGAAACGGAUAUGGCCAAAACAUAUAA